CUCUGAAGAGGUUUUAAAGGUUUAACUUAAACAAGUUAAUAAAAGACUCAAAAGGCUGAGUAAUUAUAGGCAUAAUUCUAUGGUUUAUAUUGAUCCAAGAUCAAUGAAAAUAUUCUACACUGUUUAAAUUAAUUACAUUAGACGAGAAUGAUACAGGGGAGGGGGGAGUUAAACAAACUCCUCUGUUUGUUCAUGGAAGGUACAUGCGCUGAUGCUUAAAGCAACAACGCGAAAAAAAAUUGAUCAUAGUGCACUGCGUGUCUGUGCUCGAUCAUGAUUUCUUUAGUGAGGUAGACUGAGAACUGCGGCACAUUGAAGGACAAGUGCUUCUAAGAUUAAUGAAUUAAAAUUUUUAUAAAUCUGUUCUCUAAAACAAAGUACAGCUUGGAUAGUCUGAGAGUUACAUAUGGCAUGAACAGUAUGAGGGCACACCUAUUACAUUAACAAGCUGGACUGGCAUUCUGGAAACACUUCGACUACUGAACUUCAUAACAAAGCAGCAAGUUGUACCAUUACUUGGUAAUGUAUCUUAAAAUGCAGGAAAGCAUUGGAUAUGACCAUGCGCAUGUUACCCACAGCUGAUUAUUCAGUUUACAGGAUAAAACAUUGUUUCAUUUGCUCGUUACUGCUAUAUCUUGCAGUCAUCUGUAUGACUUUAUGGAUAUUCCUAGAAUAUGGUUGUCAGAGACAGCAAUUCCAGGUCCCAAUUCCUAGACGUGCUAAACAGACACAAACAAAUUCCUCUUCUGUAAUUUCCGCACUUGACAUGGGAAUCAGCGUUGAGGAGUGGGGAAGACUACAGAAGGCUCUGGACUGGCCUGGUCCAGAUCAAGAAAUCACUCAGCUGAAUCUGAGCACAAGUCCAGUCCACUCAACAUUCUCCAUUGUGGGACUCAAAAAGAGUUACAAAGUAGGAGAAAACAUCUCCAUUCUUAUCACAGCCAGAGACCACAACAACAACCUGAAGACAUAUGGAGGAGAUUUUUACAAAGCAAAGCUUUUCAAUUCAAAACUAAAGGCAAGUGUAUAUGGGGAGGUUGUAGAUCAUCGCAAUGGGACUUACGCAGUUACACUUCUUCUGCCCUGGGAAGGUCAGUCACAAGUUUUUGUACGUCUUGAGCACUCCAGUGAGGUUGUGCAGAUUCUUAAAAAAUACAGAGACUCUUCAUUCCCACGUAGCCACUAUAAUGGCCACUUUGAAGGGCCAGGAAUCAAUAACACCAAGAUCAGUGAAGUGGUACAAUGUAAUCUUAAGUGGGGUGCAGAAGGAAGUUGGAGGAAAGGAGACUGCUGUUGUGAGUAUAAGGAUAUAAAAACAAAGACGGUGUGGCAGUGUGAGAGACCGAAGAAACUUUCUUGUGACUAUCUGGUUCAUCACUCAAUGGGAAAUUUGGAAAACCCAUUAAAUUCUGCUGAAAAGCAAAUUUUCACAAUGAAAUUAACAAAUGUUGCUAUUACUGGUGACACACAAGUCAUAACUGUCCUUCCCAACACUGCAGGCAUUGGCACAAUGGAGAGAUGCAGAUCUGGCUUGACAACACCAGUACCUGCUGGGUUCUAUUUCAGCGAUGUUUGGGAGUCUUUUGUAUGCAACGCUCAACAGUUCAAUUCUACACAAAUGGGAAAGUGUCUUGAAAACAAGAUCAUCUACUUGUUGGGAGACUCCACCACAAGGCAGUGGUUUGAGUAUUUGGAAAAGAAUGUGCCAGGCAUAAAAAGAAUGGACCUCCACACUCCUCGUACAGGUGGACCCCUGAUGGCUGUGGAGUUGAAAAAUAAUAGUAUUAUUCACUGGCGUCCACAUGGUGUUCCUUUGCGAUUUACUAAAAUGCUCAUUACCGACCUGCAUUAUAUUGGCAAUGAUAUUGAUGAAAUAGCUGGUGGUCCUCAUGCAGUUGUUAUCUUCACAAUUGCUGCCCAUCUAGUUUUUCACCCAAUAACAUUUUAUGUUCAUGAAGUGGCCAAAAUCCGUCAGUCUGUUGCUGCACUGCUGAGGCGUGCACCAGAGACCACCAUCAUCAUCAAAUCUGGAAACACUGGAGGACAAAAGAACAUUUUUCAAAGUGACUGGUAUACAUUGCAGCUGAACACAGUGAUGCGGGAGAUGUUCAGAGAUAUUGAUGGAGUAAUCUACUUUGAUGUAUGGCAGAUGACUUCCUGUCACUAUAUAACUGAAAAUGUUCACCCAGAACCUGUGAUCAUUGGUAAUGAGGUCAACAUGUUGCUCUCAUAUGUCUGUCCCGCCUGACUUCUGCACAGAUUCUGCACAAUAUUAUAUUUUGUGUGUGUGUGUGUGUGUGUUGGUUUUGGGGGAUUACAAGGACAUUUCACCAGUUUACAUACCAGCAUUAUAAGGACAUUUGGGAUUACAAGGACAUAGGACAUGUCCUUAUAAUUCAAACUAGAGUUGGGGUACUCGGACUUAUCACGGACUCGGAUGCAUUUUUACCCGGACUUGAUUCAGACUCUUGAUUUCGAGCGUUUCGGAAAUAUUCAGAGUCCAGGGACAGACGGAAAUGUCACUGACUCGAUGCAUUAUCACGAAAGUGAUAUUUAUGGAGCCAAGCCCCUAGGAGGCGAUGUUGAACCUACAAUGGUAGGCAGGACUCUUUUUAAAUACUUUCGAUUAGCAGCAUUUCAAUUGUUUGGCGUGCACGUGGUUGUCCGUCGCUGGAAGAACAAUCGCUGUUGAUUUUUAGAUGUAGGUCUUAGAAGUUUUCAUGCUGGUUAUUCUGAAUUAAAUACUUUGUGGAUACUGAAUGAUCAACACUGCAUAUUGCACUCAACUGGAGAUGUUUUGAGACUCCUAUAUUUGUUAACUUGGGUUGGACGAGUGGCAGACGCUGAACGAGCAGUACAGCAUACUGCACGUGAGGGUUGACGAUCUAUGGAAGUGGAUGUGUAAAAUCAACCCAUUCUCACUCCCAAGGCGUCAAAAACUGCAGUACAGUCAACGGCGCCCCUCGGCGUCAAAUAUUGACGAACUGGGAUCUACAUUGAUUUCAAUGGGAAACUUUUGGCGUCAGAACACAGACGCCAAGGACGCUAUUAAAUCACGUUCAAGAAGUCUCAUUCAGCACACGUAGCGAUAUUUGCCAUCAGUUCACGUGUGCCACAGGUUGGCUGAAAAGACCUUAAGGAAGCAGCUGGCCCAGUCUUGUUUGUGGAGAGGUAUUCAUUCAGAAACAGAGAAGACAGAAAGCUGCAGAGGGAGACAUUUGCAGUGUUAGGGUUUCUUGCAGACAACGCUGUCCUUCUCCAUUAUGCACAAGGCCCUCUUUAACUUUUUAUCCCCCACUCAUACAGAAAUGGCACCGGAUCAGUAUUAAGACUUUGCAGUUGUUGUUUUUUGUUGUUGUUGUUUUCAGAAUGUUUUAGAAGUUUUCAGAAGUUUAUUUGUAUAACUAUCAUUAGAUACAUUUUUGUAAUUAACUGCUUUUUUUAUUCUUCAUAGUGGCAAGAACAAGCUUGGUGACAGGAUGCAGUGCAGUAGUUUGGGCACUAUGUUUGACAUCAGUAAAUACUGGGAAAUGCUUACAAAACUAUGCUUUUCAUUAUGCUUUAUUUAUUUAUUUAUUUAUUUAUUUAUUUAUUAAGUUUUUAUUCUUAGCAUUAAAAUGGUAGAGAAUUACAGAAACACAAAGUGAAUGUAAAAAAAAAAGAAUAUAUUUAUAACUUUAAAACGCAAUGUAAUUUACAAUGUAAAUGCUAGAAGCACAUUAUUUAAUUAGUAAAUGUACAUGUCUAUGGUCAAAAUAAAUAAGUUAUCUAUUGAAUUUAAUUAGAUAAAUCUAUGGGUUAAGGCUACAUGGAAUAUAGCACAUCAAUACUGCCCAAUUUUUGUCAAGAAUAAUUACUGUAGGUGUAGACGUUAAUAAAACACAAUCUAAUAGGUAGCUAAUUUAAUGUAUUAUUAACCGAAUCUGUCCCUUCAGCCGAAAAACGGAAGAAAUUUGUCAUAAAUGACCAUGGACAAGUACAUGUGACGCCUCUGUUCAGCUGGGAUGUUAGUGGCUGUGAAGUUCCUUUGUCACCCGCAGGACUCGCUGUGAUUGAAUUAUCUUUUAACCCAUAUUAAACAGCGCAUUAUGUUACAAAAGUAUGUUUUGCUGAUGUUAUUACGUUGGUAAUAUAUUAAGUUAACAAUGAAGUAUUGCUAUGUUGAGAGAAAUUACUCCUUUAGCCAGAUCCUAACCCAAGCGUGACUUCAGUGAACUACAAAUAACAGUUUUCCGUUCCAUCGACAGAAUGACAGACGCUUAUGGGUAAUGUAGUUUAAAACGUUUUAUUAAUAAAAUGAAAUAUUAAAUAUAAUAUUUUUAAUGGAAAACUGGAUAUCUAAAUAUGUUCAUUGUGCAAACCUCUAUGACAUAUUUGAGAGGCAGGCUUAAAUUUGGUAUUUUACUGUGAGCAAUAUUUAAAAUGCCUUUAUAACAGGUUUUCAUAUAUUUCUGAAAACUGUGCCCAACAUUAUUUAAUCAACAUAGCAUAAGUAGUAAUUCUGCUGAUUUUCUCUUUGAUAGGUUAAUCGGACUCUAAUUUACGGCCAUUUGAAAUAUGCAUUUUUUGGCUUUUCCAGGGGGUGCUACUGAGCCCCUGGGGGUAGAAGGGCAGUAAAACAUACAUACAUGUUCUCCUCAUCAUGGACAACAAACUGUGUUGAGUCACAUUUAUAUCUGACAGUUUUCACAGUCCACCCUUUUCUAUUCUUUUCUAUUCUAUUCCUUUUCUAUAUAGCCUUUGACAGGACAUUGUGAGGCCAUCUGAUGGAACAGAAAAAUUUUAAAGAAAUGCUUUAAUAAUAAUAAUAAUAAUAAUAAUAGAUUAUUUCUUAGAUUUUAAACACCAUAAAUAUAAUGGAUGAACCUGCAACAACUUGCCAUUAUCUCUUCCCCACUGUUAAGCAGUAGUCAAAGACAAUUUAUAUACAUUGUGAUAUUUCACUAAUACUAUUACACAAGGACAAAUUCAUGCAGUAGUAAAAAUCACAAUAUAAAAUAAUAAUAAUAAUAAUAAUAAGCAAAAAUCCGUGUAAAAAUGUCCUCCUCACCCCCUUAUCUUGCUCCUCACAGGCCGGGCAUCAGUAAUGUGCAUGCUCUUGGUUUUAAUGCAGUACAAGAUCAUUCCUGGUACAUUCUCAGUUAUCCCUUAAGUGUUUAUAGCAAUAAAGCCCAUGGUAGCAUGUUGUAACACAAAAUAAUUAAUCUUGUAAUUCCCUUUAUUUCACCAAAAAUUGGCAUAUUUGUCACUAAACUAAACUUUUUGGUGUAUUGUUGUCCCAAAUAUCAUUAAUCUGAUCAAAAAUGUUUAUGUCUUAGUUAAAAAUAAUCAUGGUAAUUAACUAUAUGUAGUUUUUCAAGUAUAAAUAUACACAAAUGAGCCUACCAAAUUAUGUAUUUACCAAGAAUUUUCAAUACACAAUAUUCACCAUAUUCAUUUUAUUGAAGCAUACAGCAUAAAGUUGAUAAAGUAGCAUCAGGACAAAUGAGAUUUAAGAAAAAUAAUAAUGGAUUAUUAAAAAUACAUUAACAUCAUACAUUAAUCAGUUCACUGCAGCUGAAGACACACAAAUGAGUGACAAAAUGUCCUUAAAGUCACACAGUCCAUUCCAGUCAACUUUGAUACAGAUCAUGCGGUACAUGUAAGUCAUUUGAUACUGUUUGAGAAAAUAAUGAUUCAUUAUCAUCGCAUCUAAACUGGUGUCUUGCUCUUCUCCGUCCAUUUCCCCAUCAUGAUCGUCUCCUGUCAUGUCUGUAAACAGUUUGUGGUUGAUAUCCAGCACUGAUGUGGUGUAGCUUUUUCUCAGCCAGAGGAUCUCUCACUCCUGACAUUCCAUUUUCAUACAGUUCCCAGACCUGGUCAAAACGUAAAACAAAAAAACACAAGAUGAAUUUGUUUAAUGGACAGUCAGCUCAUCUUAUGUUCUGCGUGAUGUUGGGUGAGCAACUAUGGCCCUUAAGGUACUGUACACAUACUUUUUUAAAGAUUUUAAGACUUUUUGAGAAGCUUUUUCUUUGAAGACAAUUUACAACUUCCUAAAAUGCUGUACUACAUUAUAAAGCAUUGCUUCAGUAUAGACAUACCAGUGGACAUGCGCACUUUGCUGUCGUCUUUGUUUGGACGCAAGAUGGCCAUAUUCAUUCCUCAACCUGAACAAAGGACUUCCUUGGUCUUCCUUCCUUUCUACUUCCUACUCUAUGUGCAAUUAAUAUUGCUCCUUAAAAAUAUAAUUAAGUUCAUUUCAAAUAAUAUUCAGACCAGAGCAUUUGAUGUAUAAAUGUUGAUUCAAAAAAUUCUAGAAAAUGUUCCUGGGAAGGGCUGAUCACAGCAAGACUCGUUGAGACUUUUAGUUUUUAGGAAGGUUUGUGAGGGUAGGCUUGUAAAAGAGCUGUUGAUUUUGAUAUUGUAGAAACCUGGAAAAGAAGGACAGCACAAUCUGUGAGUAAUCCUGUAAGACAGAAAAAGAAGAACAUAUUAUUACAUUACAUGCAACUUGUUGGUUUACACAAUGUGGGUUUUCUUUGUUUUUUAGACUGUAAAAACAGCCUCUG